UGUAAUAGUGAAAUUCGUUUGGACUUCGUUUAAGAAUUYAAUUCGGUUUAUACUUGCUAACUACUUGUACACGCUUGUAUCGCCUAUGUAAACACAAUCCAAAUUGUGUAGCAAUCAAGAAUGAAAAGCUUGUUCAACAGUAUGGAUUUAUAUUACCAUGCCAGACGSCGCUAAAAUCUGAAAAUUUCACGCUCACUUAACUGCACUUGGUUGGUGAAGUCAUUAUCCUAUUAAUAUACCAGGAUUACGGUGUAAUAACAAGACAUUUUCAAGGACUAUGGUAUAAGAAACAAGACGUUAUGAGAUGAAAUCUCAAAGUGUUUUCCUYWUCAUUUCGUGGCUUCAYCUGCAYCACGGCAUCAUCGACUCACUCCARGAYGGAAACCAUGACUACAGGUCUCCGUCCUCUGUUAAAGCUUUGAAGGUUCCUSCCGCUACAGGAGAAGAGCUUGCUGUCAGGAUAAAGGGAGACUUGACGAUCGGUGGGCUGUUUUCUGUGCAUGCACAGGGMGAUGAGUGGCAGUGUGGAAGWCUAAARGAGGAGGUUGGGAUUCAUCGACUCGAAGCCAUGUUGUAUGCCCUGGAUAUGAUAAACACGAAUGAUGACAUUCUACCCAACAUCACUCUUGGUGUCGAUAUUCGAGACGACUGUGAGACUGUUAACAUUGGUCUUGAACAGUGUCUUAAUUUUCUUCUUGGAUCUUUACACAGCAAGAACCCGGUAUGCAGUAAGAGUGACUUUAAUUCCKAGUCUACACUAGUUGGUGUUGUGGGGCCUGCAUACAGCUCAAUGGCGAUACAGGUCGCAAGUCUUUUGAGAUUGUUUCGUGUGCCCCAAGUCAGUUACUCAGCAACAAGUUCCGAACUGAGCGAGAAAAACCGGUUUGACUACUUUUUACGCACUGUCCCACCAGACUCGUUKCAGGCUCAAGCAAUCGUUGACAUCAUUAAAACRAUGAACUGGUCAGCAGUGUUCACCAUAAACUCACGUGGCUCUUACGGUGAAGGUGGCAUCCGAAGUUUCUCCGAAUAUGUCACGAAYUUUAAUAUAUGCACAGURRAUAAWUAUCAGCUGCAAUCUAAAAUGACUGCGGAUAACUUUGAUGAUAUUUUUAGAAAUUACUUCAUUAAGAAGCCCAGUGUUCGUGUUGUUGUGUUAUUUUGUAAUAGUGAAGAUGUUCGGGAGAUUCUUAAGGCAGCAAAGCGACAAAAUCUUACUAAACAUUACACGUGGCUGGCGUCAGACUUUUGGGGCUCGAAGAAUAAACAUCUGGUCGAUCUUGAGGAUGUUGCUGACGGCGCUAUAACCAUUGAGCUGGAGAGUCAUCCCAAUCGCCUUGAACCAUUUUAUAACCAUUUCUUUGGACUGACACCUUCUAAUAAUACCAGGAAUCCUUGGUUUAAAGAGUACUGGCAGAACCAUUUCCAUUGUCACCUUGGUAACACUUCCGGGUCCAGCUUUCCCAGUCGUUGUCUUGGGAAUGAAUCUUAUGAAUCCCAGAAGAGUUAUGACUCCAAGGUGUCUUUUGUAAUUGACGCGGUUUGGGCAUUUGGAUACGCKUUGGAUAAUCUYCGCCAAGCCUCUUGCGGRGGGAAGCCUGGUCUUUGUGAUGCCAUGAAAACAAAGGCGAGGUCUUCAUUGCUGUCGUAUUUGUAUAAUGUAACCUUCAACGGAACWAAUGGAACCAUUAAAUUCAARCGCAAUGGCGAUAUGGAAGGAAAGUACGAUGUACUACAGUUUAAAAAAUCCAAAAAUUCCUGGGUUUACAAACGAGUAGGAAAAUGGGUUCAYGGCAAACUGUACCUUAAUCAGGAACUCCUUGAAKAAACUCCCGUUCAAUCUCAAUGUGGGAAGCUUUGUAAAAAWGGCGCCGUACGACGCAUACUCGAAGUCAAAUGCUGCUGGUCAUGCGUACCUUGUGACAAAAACCAGUACGUAAAAGACAAAGACACUUGUGCCCAGUGUCCUCMCGGUCAGAYACCGAACAAUACAUUUGACGGAUGCAAGGAUUUGCCCCUGAGAUAUAUAGAACCUAUGUGGGUCAUCACCAUAGCAGCGUGUGCAGGAGUUGGRCUCCUAGCAACGAUUUUUGUGAUAUCUGUGUUUGUGAAGUUUACCACGACACCRUUYAUCAUGGCAGCAGGGAGAGAAAUGUCUGCUAUUCUCUUUCUAGGGAUAAUACUKUGUUAUGUUCUUGCAUUGGUUAGGAUCAUUCAGCCAACAGCUCUUUUAUGCGGAYUUCGUCGSUUUGGUACUGGCUUCGCGUUCUGUSUCUGCUACUCCUCCCUACUCGUGAGGACCAAUAGAAUCGCACGAAUUUUCAGUGGAACCAAGUCCCCKUCMUUCAUUAGUCCCAAGUCUCAAAUAAUGAUAACAGUCAUAAUACUGUUCCCUCAAGUUGGUAUUGCAUUAGCGGAACUAUUCGUCUUCACCCCAAAGAUUAAACUAUUGUAUAAUUCGCGUGCUGAUCACGUGCUGAUCACGUGCGACGCGGACACUACAAGCGUGAUUYUKCAGCUUUGUUACAACGUACUGUUAAUUCUCCUAUGUACGUAUUACGCCUURUACACUCGCAAGACACCGUUAAACUUCAACGAAGCAAAGUUCAUUGGUUUUUGCAUGUACACUACGUGUGUCAUUUGGGUCGCUUUCCUCCCGAUGUAUUAUGGYAUGGGUGGGGGUUACGAGGCGUUAGCAGUUUGCUGUAGUCUGAUACUSAGUGCGACUACGAUUCUUAUUUUUAUAUUUCUACCGAAAGUUUAUAUUGUGAUKUUCAAACCUGAGAAGAACUUGCGGAGUAAUUCAAGACUGAGAUCGAGGACAAAAUCACUGGAGGACUCGCCCAUUGACAGGAAUUAUUCAGAAAAUGGCGGAUACUCGACAAGGGACGAAUUUGUUGUAAAUCACUCACCUUCAGUUAUAUCGAAUAGAUCAGCAACAAGCAAUAACAAUGGACAGGUGAACCUGAAAACACUGCGAUUUACACCGUUAUGACGGCAUAUACAAUUCAUUAAUGACAUCAUAAAUCAUUAAUGACGUCGAACAUUAAUCACUCGAGUGUUGUCUGUAUGAAUGAUUUGUGACGUCAAAGAGAGAUCAUAGGUGUCGUCAUGAAUCAUUAAUGACGUCAUAAAUCAUCAGUGUCGUCAUAAAUCAUUAUGACAUCAUAAACAUGAAUGUCGUCACAAAUCAUUAUGACUGCAUAAAUCAUCCGUGUAGUCAUAAAUCAUUUAUGACGUUAUAAAGCAUCGGUGUCGUCAUUAUUCAUUUAUGACAUCAUAAACCAUUGGUGUCGUCAUUAAUCAUUUAUGACAUCAUAAACUAUCGGUGUCGUCAUUAAUCAUUUAUGACAUCAUAAACUAUCGGUGUCGUCAUAAAUCAUUUAUGACGCGUCAUAAAUAAAAUGAUAAAUUAAUUACUGAACAGUUAUGGCUACGUUUACACGAAUUUGGAUAUUUUUGAAACUUUGCAUGAAUUUCUGAGGGCUGUCGUCUUUACGAAACACGAAAAACAGAUAUUUUUGAAAUGAAAAUGAGGAUUAUAGUGUUUUGGUCCAAAGACACAUGUAGAAUAUGCCGUUUAAAAAAUAUCCGCUUACAUACGUGUUAAACGCAGUCUUUAGUUGAAAACAACGUGUAUAGUUUAUAACACCAUAAUGUAUUAAUUAUCGAUUAUAAAUUGAUCAUUAUUUAAUAACGGUAAAUUAUUAAUUAACUAGAAGUAUUGGACUAUUUUGCUUAAUUUAGUGAAUGGCGGUUCCAAGGAUGCUAGCCUGAAUAUGACAACGAAUAUGACACUGGAAAAGAUAGCGCACUUUAAAGGUUGUAAAUUUGAUGUAAAUAUGAUGUAAGUGACCAAAAUCAUGUAAAUUUGAUGUAAAUUUGAAGUAAAUUUGAUGCAAAUGAUUUACAUCAAAUUCACAUCAUUUUGGACACUUACAUCAUAUUUACAGCAAAUUUACAAUCUUUAAAGUGKGCUAUUUUUUCCAAUGCAAUGUUAAUCGGUGUACUUUUCUCUUUUUGCACGGGUUCAACUUUUCAAGAUGGAGAGAGAGAGAGAGAUUUAAAAAGGAACCUGAGUAUGUUAACUGAAUAUAUUUUUGUAUAAAUCUGACAAGACAUCGAAUUGCAAAAGAUAUCUAGUAAAAAGCCAAAAAGCUUUUUUAAAAAAAUAAAGGAAUAUAGCAAUCAAACAAGUAAAGUAGGAACUAAUAGAUAAGGUGCAGCGAUACCAGUUUGUACGUAUGGUAGAUCUUGCACUUUUUAUAGCCACUAAAAUAUAUGUGUUUUUAUGUAAGAGUUAGUGAGAUUUUGCUCAAAUUCUUUUAUCUGCUUUGAAAAAAAAGGAAAAAUGUCGUGUAGCUAGACUGUUUUAGUGGACAUGAAAAAGUGCAAGGACUACAACUCCCAUUAUGCCUUGUUCCAGAAAAUAGCGUCGUAGUACACUGAUCAAUAUAUAAAUUCUUUGAAGUUUAUUUCGUUUGUCUUUUUCAUGCUUGUAUUUUGCAUGCACUAUAUAACCAUAGGGACAAAUAUUGCCUGGCAUGGAACGUCCCCUUCAUCUGGGGGACAUAACUAAAGCCCUUUGCUGUCUUUGCUCUCUUUUGUAUCCUUGACCUGCAGGGAAUCUCUUUGCAACACGAAGGGCGUCUUUUAUGGCUCCAAUCCUUGAGUUGCUGUCAUUAUGUGAAAAACCCAUAGCACUCAUAGAUACUGAGGUCAGAUAAUGUAUUUUUCAGUUGAUGACUAAAUAAAACUAAGACUUUUA